AUGCUUUCAAGAAUACCAACCAAGGCUAUUAAGAGAAGUUUAGCUACCAUUGCUGAUGGAGCUGCCAACCCAGCCAGAAUAUAUGGAGGAUUAAAAGAUCAAGAUCGUAUAUUUCAAAAUGUUUAUGGUAAAUUUGGACAUGAUUUAAAAUCUGCUGAAAAGAUGGGAGAUUGGUACAAAACCAAAGAAAUCAUAUUAAAAGGAGACAAAUGGAUUAUAGAUGAAAUGAAAAAAUCAGGAUUAAGAGGAAGAGGAGGUGCUGGUUUCCCAUCAGGAUUAAAAUGGUCAUUCAUGAACCCUCCAGGUUGGGAAAAGAAUGCUGGACCCAGAUAUUUAGUCGUUAAUGCUGAUGAAGGGGAACCAGGUACUUGUAAAGAUAGAGAAAUUAUUAGAAAAGAUCCUCAUAAAUUAGUUGAAGGGUGUUUAUUAGCUGGUAGAGCAAUGAAUGCUACCGCAGCUUAUAUUUAUAUCAGAGGAGAAUUCUAUAAUGAAGCCACUAUUUUACAAAAUGCUAUUAAUGAAGCUUACAAAGCUGGUUAUUUAGGUAAAAAUGCUUGUGGAUCAGGUUAUGCUUUUGAUGUUUACAUUCAUAGAGGUAUGGGAGCUUAUGUUUGUGGUGAAGAAACUGCUUUAAUUGAAUCAAUUGAAGGUAAAGCUGGUAAACCAAGAUUGAAACCUCCAUUCCCUGCUGGUGUUGGUUUAUUCGGUAGACCAACUACUGUUGCCAAUGUUGAAACUGUUUCUGUUGCUCCAACUAUUUUAAGAAGAGGAGGUGAUUGGUUUGCUUCAUUUGGUAGAAAAGGUAAUAGUGGUACUAAAUUAUUCUGUAUAUCAGGACAUGUUAAUGAACCUUGUACUGUUGAAGAAGAAAUGUCAAUUCCUUUAAAAGAAUUAUUAGAAAAACAUUGUGGUGGUAUUAAAGGUGGAUGGGAUAACUUAUUAGGAGUUAUUCCAGGUGGUUCUUCAGUUCCUGUUAUGACUAAAGAAACUUGUGAUGAUAUUUUAAUGGAUUAUGAUGCUUUAAGAGAUGUUGGAUCAGGUUUAGGUACUGCUGCUGUUAUUGUUAUGAAUAAGCAAACUGAUAUUAUUAGAGCUAUUCAAAGAUUUUCAGCUUUCUAUAAGCAUGAAUCAUGUGGUCAAUGUACUCCUUGUAGAGAAGGUACUACUUGGUUAAACAGAAUGAUGGAUAGAUUCUACACCGGUCAAGCCACCGAAAAGGAAAUCGAUAUGAUCUUUGAAUUAACUAAAGAAAUCGAAGGUCACACUAUUUGUGCUUUAGGUGAUGCUGCUGCAUGGCCAAUUCAAGGUUUAAUUAAAUCUUUCAGACCUGUUAUGGUUGACAGAAUUAAUGAAUAUAAUAAAACUCAAAGUGUUGGUCUCGGAGGUUGGGUCAAAGGUGGUAAAGUAAUGGAUGGUAAAGUCAUUGAUAAUCCAUUACCUGCUCAUCAUUAA